GGAUGAAUCAUUUCCUUGUUCAUAUAAGAAUCUCUUGUGAACUUAAUUUUCUAGGUUGAGCUAGAAAUAAUCAUAACAAAUUUCCAAUGACUGUUAAAGUAUGUAAUCACCGGACACCCAUUGAAUUUAGACAAAAACGAACACAUUUUUAUAAAUCCGAAGGAAUUUCAACAAUUUAUGUGUCGCGCUAUAUCAUUGCGUCAUCUUAAAAGGCACGUGAGCGAAUAAAUCAUUAAUAUUUGUACACCAAAAGGACAUUUUGUCAUAAAACGGAUACAGUUUUCGUUUAUUUGACAUUGUAAAGUUGUUAGGUCUGCUUUUAGCGACUGUUUGGCUGCGUUCUAGUGGUGGUUAAGUAGGGUCACAGGUUUUUGGCGCGAAAAUAUCAGCUGCUCUUUUUAUUGUUUUGGCUAGCUUAGAAAGGACUUCAUUUGCAUUCAAACACAAAGACAGUAUAAAUAUAACCGAAACCAUCCAGUACUUCCUGUAAAUAGCGUAUAGUAAUUCAGUCCGUGGCAUGGCGUAAACAUAAAAGCCAUUGGCAAGCCGGUUGGACAUUAGUACAAGAGGAACCAGCGUCGAAGAAAGGUCGAAAGUGAAAGACUUUGUCAAUUUGUCUUCAGGAAGGCAACGGGAACUAAGUGAAACAUAUAUACAUUUGAACACUUCUGACAGAGGCGAUAUUAGGAGGAAGAACACGAAUUAACGAAAGGUUUUAAAGGAAAUCUUGAAACAUCGAACCGGCGUUUGUAGUUGAAAAGCGAAACAUCGAAUUAAUUGGGACAAGAAUAAAAGGACAACAAACUAAAUCAGAGUAACAAUUAGAGUGAUACAAAAAUGUCUUUGGUGAACGCAAUAUUAACAAAUUUACCGAAGAACGAUAAUUUUAGUGCGCAAGACGAAUCGCUAGGUCACGCUCAGAGCCAAAAUGAAGAAGCACAAGUACCUUUGAGUUUCUUUAAUAAAAACGGUGCGAGUUUUCCAAUGAAACUAGCGGAAUUAAUGGUCUUACAUCGCGCUACGAAAGCGCUUGCGACCGCUUGUAAUAUUGGCGUAUUCGAUUACUUAGAUAGCGAUGAAACGGCUAAAUCUGCUACCGAAAUCGCAGAACAUUGUAAAGCUAGCGUUAAUGGAAUGACCAGGCUGUUACAAGCGUGCGUCUCGCUGGACCUGUUGCGAAGUGUUGUCACCGAAGGUGUACAACGCUUUGAACUCACACAAGACUCGAAACGACAUCUGACUAUGAAAAGCCCAGAAGCAUUACGUGGUGAAAUAGCCUGUAUAGACAUGGAAUAUAAUUUAACAGGCAAUUUAGAACACGCAGUUCGAGAGGGCACUACUCAAUGGCCUCGAACUCUUGGCCUGCCAGAAGGUGGAAACCUUUUUGAUUUUGUCUACUCCAAUGAAAUGUUCACAUUACAAUUUUUGGCAGGAAUGCAUGGUGUCUCAAAUGUCGCCAGUCCAAUCUUGGUGAGAGGAAUUGAUCUAAGCGGUUACACCAAGGCAUGUGACUUGGGAGGUAAGACGAUUUUUGGUACAUGGUAGUCCAGCAUAGGUAGUAUUCUUCAGUAAGGAGGAAACCAAGUCUAAACGAACUGUAUUUAUAUCAGUUCAAAGGUAUUCUCCCUAAGGCUAAAGGUUUUCGGCUUGGUGUUGCUACAGGAAACGGGAUCACUGCGACGAGUGAUACGGCUUUUACCUGUAGUAGCACUUGCCCAAUAAGGAACGAGCCCAUAUUGGACCUCCAAGGAGAACAGUUUAGAACUGAUAGAACUAUCAAGUGGAAAUAAAGUUAGUUUACCUUCGCUUUUCUCCUGUAGUAAUACUAGACCAUUAUAAAAAGAUUUCACUUACUGGGAAGAACAGUUUAGAACUGACAGAGCUAUCCAAUAUAGUAGAAUUGUAGUUUAGUAUUUUACUAUUGUCAAGUGCGCGAAAUAUUAGGACGCUUAAUUAUAAUCACGGCAUACCGCAAGCAGUUCAAUUUUUAAUAGUCCGAAUAAUGUAUUAAAUUCAUUCCCCAAAAAGUAUCAAUUAGAGGAACAUAUAUUCUAGUAUGCAAAAUGGUUUCCCCAUAAAUACCCAAGUAUAAACUUCCGACAUUCUGUUAGCUGUGAAGUAGAUUGUUUUUUUGCGUUAUAAAAUACAAGAUAGUGUUGGCAAACUAACCAGUCACGCGACUACCAACUCUUAUGGACUCUCAUCCGUAAGUCAAUAUUAUGUUGACAUUAGAGUAAAGACCUUUAGACUAUAGUUCGGUAACCUUAAACCGUAUUAUUUUCAAAUUUGGUUAAACACACUCAAAAAUGCCUAUUCAAAAUCAGACUGUUUUGAUAGAGCGAGCAAAGAAUACAAAAAUAUUUUGUACAAAUCAUAAUGAACCAAUGUCCUUCAUUGUACAAACUCUCUUUGAGCUAAAUUACAGCGUGUACAAUUACGAGAUCGAUUACUGGUCACAGUUCAUUGAUAGUCUUCCCCACAUUCCAAAAUCGUGACAGGUUUCGAAGACGUAAAACCUGCUUGUGUUUUUUUUUACAUCAUCAAGAAAAUCUGGUUACAAUGAAUGCGCUAUUCUUUCUACGACGGGGAUUAAAUUCACCUCCAUCGUAUGUAAGGAUGCUUGUGGCUCGAUUCUCUCAAACACAGGUUAAUUGCCACUCCUGUUUCCUCCUGUGUAGCAGUGACACAAGACAAAAGAGCAAUGGCCUUUACUGAACUUCUAGGAUUAAAAAAAAACCAACUUCGAUCAAACUGACAGAGCUAUAAAGUAUAACCAACCUGUUUUGGAGGCCCUUACCUCCUCAAACAACCUGCUUCAAACGAGGUCGCAGUAUAACAUGAUUAAUUUCCUUUAGUUAAGUUAUAUUUUACUUAUGCUAGCAAAGCCAGUAAACUGGUUGAUAACACACACACUAGACUUGUGUGGCAUAAGAUAAAAUCAGUAUUUUGGUUACAAGAUCAUAUAUUUGUUUUAAACAACAUUUCCUUCCUUUGUUUUUAACAUACCAAACAAAGUAGACAAAAUUUUCAAAAAUAUGGCUAUCCAAUUUCGAACAUGGUCAGUUCUGUCUAGCCUGAAUCAAAACUGAAUUUACCAUGACAUAAUCAUACUUUUCAUAUUUGAAAAAAUUCUUCAAAUUACAUUAUCAUUCCCUUCUAAAUAUUUCGAAUUUUCGAUAACAAAAUUUGAAAAAAAAUUACAAAAACGUGGCCAUCGGAUUUCGAAUUUUUUCCACUUUCCUCCAGCCACAACAAAAAUCCCCGAGAUCACGCUAGAAGAAACUACAGAUUGAACCUCCGAAUAAACAUACAUUCCAUAUUUUAUGGAAUUCUUAAAGUUGCACUCAUUUCUUAAAUUCUUUCCUUUAUAGAUUUUUGAGUAAGAUUACGUCGGAGUUACUAUAAUCAUUAUGUUAGAUUUGCAUACUCUUGUACUAUUUCCGGCGAACACUUAUGUAUCUUCAUUUUAAGGCGGAGUUGUAAAGAUGAAGUUAAGAACUCGAACAAGAUCCGAAUUCCGGCUCGACGGGACGACUCCGGAAGAAUUUAUUUUAAAUCCCUCUUUUGAUCACAUUUUGCGGAGUCCCGACUCGAGCUAUUUUUACGUUUGCUUUUGUGAUUAGCAUUCAGUGUAUUGUGCAAGAGGAAUUCCUAUCUAGAAUGAUUUAGGACGAAUUAGAAUCAUCAUUGUCGAAUUAGAAUCCUAUCCUUGUCGAAUUAGGAUCAUUCUUGGGAAUUAGAAUCAUUCUUGUCGAAUUAGAAUCGUCCUUGUCGAAUUAGACUCAUUCCGCGUAGGGAAUUAGAAUCAUUCUUGUCGAAUUAGAAUCAUUCGUAUAGGGAAUUAGAAUCAUUCUUGCAUACGAAUCAGAACCGUUUAGAACGAAUUAGAAUCGUCAUUGUCGAAUUAGAAUCAUUCUUGUCGAAUUUGAACCGUCCUUGUUGAAUUAGAAUCAUUCGUAGGGAAUUGGAAUCAUUCUCGCAGACGAAUCAGAAUCAGUCAUAUCAAAUUAGAAUCACUCUUGGUGAAUGGGAAUUACUCAUGCGAAAUUAGAAUUAUUCUUGCCAAAUUAGAAUCAUCCGUAUAGCAAAUUAGAAUAUCAACACGAAUUAGAAUCACAUAUAUUGCGAAAUACAUAACAAACUUCACAUUCAGACUAUUUGGCUCAAUCCAAAACGGCAUUAAAUCGGCAACUUCGAUAUUUGGACCGAAAGUUGCCGCAGCUUCCGAAAUAUAGUGGCCGAAAGAAACCACCGAUACCCCGGCGGAAGGAAACAAAACGAUGAUGUGCUUAUCGGAGUCAAAUUAUUCAUUAAUUAACCAUUAACGGUUACAUUAACUGGACCAAACAUUUUGGUACCAUGGUUAGGAUUUGGUUUCACAGUUCUACAAAGUAAAAUUUUAGCAAAGUGAUGAAUAAGAAUCCAAACGGUUGACAAUGCAUUGAAGCAUUAUAUUGCUUUUAAUUAACUGCCACACUGCAAUACAAUGAAAUCUAAGAAUAAUUUGAUCAUAACGAUUUCGCAAUAAACUUUUUAAUAUAUAGUAUUGUUUUACAGUUAAGCCAAACUAGAUAAUUAUUUGGACAGGAUAGCUCUAAUAGUUCCGAAGUGUCUCCUCAAAAGUAAUGGCCAUGCCUUAUUGGAUAGUAUUAUUACCGGAGGAAACCGAAUUUAACAGCGAGGCACAUUACUAGUAUUGGACUUAAUUAAUUAGUUCUUAACAUAAUCGGAUCUCUGAAUGGUGCGAUUUCGCAACAAUUUUUUUUAAUUUCAGGUUUUUUGUAAUUCAUAUAUUAGUAUUUGUUUUACUUCAAAAAUAACUGGGUGCAAAGGGUUCUUAAGCUAUAGCCACUUGACUUAAUAUAAUUUUGGAUAAUUCACUUAAUAACUAAACUUAACUAAUUGUAAUGGCAUUUACUGUUCCGCAAACUUUUAAUAGCUGUCAAAGCGCCAUAGAGCAGAACUGUGCUAAGAGGUUAAACAAUAUUAAAACAAAUAAAAUACUUCACUUCAUAUUUUAAAUUCCUUCGACGGGCAUUCGUUAUUAAGGCCACCAACGUUUAACUCGGUGACUGUUCUCGAAACCUGUUCUUAAUGUUUUUCAAAUAAUUCAGACACCAACCACGGCAGCUAUUGUAGAAUAUUUGACCACCAUGAAAUUUUUCGUGUCAAAGGUGGCAUAAACAUGUUCUGUGCAUAACUAGGGUCAAUUAUAGCGAAUUAGAAUCAUCAGUAGCCAAUUAGAAUCAUUAGUAGCGAAUUACAAUCAUUACAGUAUCGAAUUAGAAUCACCGACCACCAAUUAGAAUGCUUUAUAACGAAUUAGAAUCACUCGCAGCGAAUUAGAAGCAUUGAUUGUGAAUUAGAAUCAUUAUUUGUGAAUUAGAAUCAUUAAUAGCGAAAUGAAAUCGUUGCGAGCAAAUUAGAAUUAUUCAUAGAGAAUUAGAAUAAUUCAUAAUGAACUAGAAUCAUCUAUAUCAAAUUAUAAUCAUUUAUAGUGAAUUAGAAGCGUUCAUUUCCAAUUAGAAUUAUUCAUAUUCUUGACUUAUUUUUAACCAUACAAAUUUCCCCCCUCAAAAGUAGCGGCGUAAACAUGUUAUGAACAGCAAAAAUAAAUCAAAACAACUUUGUUUUUCGCAGUUUCUUAGACUUCCUUCCUGUGUACUCGUGAGAGAUUUCCCGCCUUAACCGACGUCCAGCUAGCUCCCGGUGUCCAGCUUAUUUCCGGUCAGUGUCAAUCGAUCAUGCACCACUUAAAGUGGCUCCCUGCUGAUGGGGAAAUUACACGCUGAUUGCAAUUUAUUAGGCGAUUUUCAAUCUUGAUUGUUAAACAAAUAUUUAACCGCAGUUACUUGUAUUGGCGUUAUUGCAAAGACAAAAUAUUUACCAGUAGCGUUAAUUAUCUGCGGAAUAUGUGAAUAGUCUAUCACAGUUUAACUAGGCAUGGUUGUAGAUUAUGGACUGGUAAAUUAGCAUGGUUAAACAAUGCAUAGAUAGUACAUGCUUGUAAGUACAUGUUCUUCGAUGUGGUCUAUCCUUACAUAAGGUCUUCUGAUGUUGUAUAUACCUCACUGCUGAGUAAAGCAUGGUUAGGUAAUAUAAGGAUUGUACUAAUUCUUAGAUUGCCCCCAUACAGUGAUCAAAUGUUAUACAAAACUCUAAGUUAAUUAUUUCCAGAUUUGAGUAACAUAUUUUGACUUUUACUCAGAGCUCUAAUUAGCACGUAGUUAAAUUUAGAAAGUCGAUUCAAAACUUGCUUUUGUGCUCUUAUUACCACAUCUAGAUGAGGCAAAAUAUUUUGAAAAUCUAUUUUGACAACCGCAGAGUUUGGUUGUCAAGACAAGAUUUGAAUUAGAAUCGUUCAUAGCGGCGAAUUUGAAUCAUCAUGCAUCACUAAUUAGAAUCAUUCAUAGUGAAUUAAAUAGAAUGAUUCUUAGUGACUUAGAGUCAUUAUUAAUAGUCGAAUUAGAAUCAUUGAUAGUGAAUUACUUAGAAUCAUUCAUAACAAAUUAGAAUUAUCAUGCAUCUCUAAUGAGAAUCAUUCAUAUAGUGAAUUAGAAUGAUUCUAAGUGAAUUAGAAUUAUUUUAGCGAAUUAAAAGUCAUACUCAUAACUGUCGAGGCAAAAUAUUUUGAAAAUGUGGACUGCAGUUGUCAAAACAGAAUUUUCGGCCAUAAAAAAAUCAAGCAAACAAUGUAUUGAUACAUUGCAUGUGAUAACUCCUCGUGCACCGACAUGCUGUGUCUUUGUGCUGAUAUUGAUCUCACAUGAAGAGCAGUAUACAAAAGGCAAGCGACGUUCCGGACCUCACGCGUGCCAUAUAUAAAGCAGUAAGCACAAGUGAACGUUAAGAACGCCUUCUGGCUCAUUCUAAAUUUAUCGAUCUGUCGUAUGAAUAAACCCCGCACACCAAGUUAGAAUUUCAAAAUUGCAUUGUGUGGUAAUUGCGGUGAUAAUUAUCCAAUCGAGCAUCGAAAUAAUUGACCACCAUAUUUACUCGUCUAUAUUUACUCGUCACGUUUUAUGUAUUCGACUAUAAAGGCUGAUUUCCACUGUUGCGUUUUUCAUACGUUCGUUUACGCACGUAAAACUUUAAAUCCGCCCAAAUGUUACUCAUGAAAUAACCAAAUAAAUAAAGUAACACAAUUUAGUGUUCCGCAAGUUUUAGUAUGCAUUUGUUAACUUAUUUGUAAAACAUUUAAAGGAUUCAAAGUUUUACGUACAAGAACAUUCAUGUUAAAUUAGCCAUAGGUUUGCAAAUAACUAGACCAUGUUUGGCAAAUAGAUUUAUAGAAUUUUAAAAAUUAGAUUGUACUACGUCUAUGAUCUAUAAUUAGUCGGCUGCGGUUGAAUUUAUUGAGCAAUAUUUAAUGUUUAAGCUUAAUUUGUUUUGAAAGAACAUUCAAUUGGCCAUAGCUUGUGAAUAGCUAGCAUUACUAGAAUACCUAUAUAGAAAAAUCUUGUGAUGUCUGCACUGUCAUAAUUAUCUGACGUGAAAAUAUUUAUAUGAUGUAAGCAGUUAUUAUGUGCUAUUAAAGAACAUACGUAUAUCCUAAAUUUAACCUACGUUUUUUUAAAAUAGCCGAGAAAUAAAUUCGUACACCUUUAAACUAAAGUAAUUUUAUUUAGCUCUAUCGGUUCUAAACUGCUUGCCAUAGUGGUCCAGUUAGAGUCAUACCUACAGUUACAGGGAUAACCAGUUAUAACAAUCACUUAUCUCAUUCUAAAGGUGGCACAGGAGCAUUUGCAUACCAUGCUGUAGCCCAAUAUCCACAGAUGACCAUGUCGAUCCUAGAGUUACCCCCAGUUGUCAAGGCAUCACCCCACUUCACACCACCUAACCUACCAAUGUCCCAAAGAUCCCGAGUGCAAUUCAUUCCCGGGGAUUUCUUCAAAGACGACCUACCACAAGCUGAGCUUUAUGUCAUGGGAAGGAUUCUACACAACUGGGGUGAAGAUUUAUGUGAUAUAUUGUUGGAGAAAGCUUAUAAAGCCUUGCCACCAGGUAAAAUGAUUGCUUUCAAAGUAAUCGAACUUUAUUUAUACAGGAGAGCAUAGUGACAGACCUAUCCAGUAUAAAUAUAUUUAGUUCGUAAGUGUGGUUGGGCGUGUGCUUAUCAUCCAUAUUGCAGCGAGAGCUAAGCUGAAUUGCAAAGGACACAGCUCAACCUGAUCGAGUGGCAAGUUUUGUAAGGGCGCUUCUGGCAGCCACUUUAUAUGACGACUUUCAGUAGAGCGUUGACUGACUCUUGUCAGUGUCAUGAAUCCGCGAGUCGAACCCAUGUAACAUUGGAUCAAUAAGAGAUGAUCCUUACUGGACCUCUAGGAAGAACAGUUUUCAACUGAUAGAGCUAUCCAGUAUAAAUAAAGUUAGUUUAGUUUAGGUUUCCUCCUGUAGUAACACUGGGUCAAUAAGAGAUGAUCCUUACUGUACCUCUAGGAAGAACAGUUUUGAACUGAUAGAGCUAUCCAGUAUAAAUAAAGUUAGUUUAGUUUAGGUUUCCUCCUGUAGUAACACUGGAUCAAUAAGAGAUGAUCCUUACUGGAUCUCUAGGAAGAACAGUUUUGAACUGAUAGAGCUAUCCAGUAUAAAUAAAGUUAGUUUAGUUUAGGUUUCCUCCUGUAGUAACACUGGGUCAAUAAGAGAUGAUCCUUACUGGACCUCUAGGAAGAACAGUUUAGAACUGAUAGAGCUAUCCAGUAUAAAUAAAGUUAGUUUAGUUUAGGUUUCCUCCU